UCGAGGUGACCUGUAAACCAGUAAUUUUUUACCAUAUGAGUCUAAAAGUGAUAAAUGAAUAUAUUUUGAUAAUAGACUACCUGGUGCAGGAGUUUAUUUAACAGUUAUGUUAGAUCUACUUUGUUAGACAUCAACUUCCCGAGACAUAGGCAUGUGCUCAGACAUAUUACAGCUUAAACAUCAGAGCAGCACCAUUUUUCAGAACUAUACAUAUUCCACUAAAGAUAUGUCUAGCAAAAGUUCAGGACAUAAUACGGAAAAUAGAUCAGCAAAGGGGUUUACCAGUAGUUCAAAAACAUCGUACAGAGAUGUCUGUAAAAGUGAAGAGGUGUUGUCAACGAAUCAAUCACAUAGUAGUCUUGAGUCAAAGAAGGAAUCUGUUACACCUGAAUUAGAGGAACACAAGUCUCAUAAAACGUGUGCAUACACUGAAGGAAAUGUUGAUAGGUCGAACUUAUUACAACAAGAAGUGGAAGCCAAAUAUUUAUCCGACGAAGCUGAAGAUUUCCUUAGCAACGACGCAAUCAGGAAACAAGUAAGUCUUGUUAAGUAUUAUUCUUGGAUCAAAGACGAAAUGGAACAGACAACAGCAAAAGCAAUAGCUAAUUGUCUAUUCUCACAUGACCCGCAGUUACUUUCGCACCAUGAUCAUGAAUGUAUAAUGGCAUCACCUGGGAGAAGAAAUACCGUAGAACAAUUGCUGAAAAGAGUUUUAAUAGGUACAGAAGAAUUGCAUGAUGCUUUUACCCAUUUCCUAAGGAAAGAGGAUGGCCACAAAGCCAAAAAACUGGAUGAAGAACCAGCAACUGAUAUUGAAAUAAAAGUUUUUCAGCGUUUGGAUAAAUCAUCUCGUAAAAUAUGUGAUAGACCAGACAGUGAUAUGCCACGUCUUAAGUUUUCAAAAAAUGACAGAGAAAUAUUGUUGAGCAAUCUUAACAGAAAUCACUUUAUUGAUCCAAUGAAUGAUCAAUUAUUGUCCAAAAUGAUAUUUAGUAUUCGUGAGCAUACGGAUAUUGCAAAUUGUUCGAUGGACAGUGAAAGCAAAGUUCAGAAACUUGUGGAAACUAUUGAAUUGUGUUCGAAAGAAGUCUUCGAAGAUGUUUGUAAGUGUUUGACCUCACUACAGAUGGCACACCUUGUAAAGAAACUAGAGAUGGGAAAAGAUAUAACUAGCAAACAAACUCCGAAGAGAAAGUAUGCACUUUUGAAAGACGAUUUGAAAUCAGAAGAUGGCCCAGUGCUGACGUCAAACUUAGAGCAGCUUGAUGAAUCCAGCAUGGUGAAACGCAUUCGAAAAGACGAAUUACAUAUAAAGGAAGCUAUACAGAAUCAUAUAGAUUUUACACUGGACGACCUUACAGAUGGUUCCAUAGUUUUUCAGAUAAGUCCGAGAAGCUCUGACUCUUGGAACAUACUGGAACAAAAGUGCCGCUCAGGAGAAGUUAAGGAUUUUCUUCCAGAGGUUUUUAGAAAUGAAGUUGAAAAUAUAGGAGAAGGAGAGCAUAUCUACAAACUAACUAUAUAUAUAUUACCAAAACCGCCAGAUUUUGUGAACAACAAAGCUAUUAUUGAAUUGGCAAACCCUUCACAAAUUUCAAAAGAAUUGAGAGACUUACUUUGUGAAGAACUAGAAAUAACCGAAGAGCUUCUAGAUUUGUUGAAAAGUAGAAGACUUGUUUGUAAGACCAUUAAAACAGAUCUCUAUAGAUAUGAACGCAGGAAAGACAGGAUAACAUAUUUGCUUGAAAUGUUAGAGAAAAAUGGCAAAACAGGAUAUGAGGUACUGAAAGGAUAUAUCAAGGAUAGAAAUGGAUAUCUAUAUGACAAAAUGACAACUGAAGAGGGAAUAAAGACCAUUGACAAAAAGGUCGAGGCUGCUGGUGUUAGAAAAUCUUUUUCAAGCAGUCUUGAUCGCAAUGUGAUGAAAGAGGUUUUCUUCACCGCUGAUGUCGUUUUAUCAAUCAAAAAGAAAGACAGAAAGUCAAAACUAACAGAAAGACGUUCAUCACCAGCUUUGCAAAUGACCUGCCCAAACCUUAUCAACCCAUGCUGUUAUUUUGAUGAAGGUACUGAAUCUAUCCCAACACCGGAAGAUGAAACCAAAACUUUGGAGGAUGUUUGGCAAUUUGGUGCGAAAGUCAUUCACAAAACCCCUGCACCUAAAGAAGAUCAAACCAAAAGAUCAUAUAAAUCAACGAAGACGGAAAUUGAAGACAUUGCUGUCGUUCGGUCGAGUAAACGAAGCAACAGUAAAAAACUAAGAAAAGAGACGAAUAUAUGAAAAGAAACCAGUAUAGAUCAGUUCAACGUCUCACAUCAUGUGCUAAAUUUGAUACUUGAUGAAAAUUAAGAACACCUUUUUAUUGGUAGAUUAUUUCAAAGACCAGAAUGUUUGUUUACUUAUGUCAUUGCAAUGUAAUAUAUAUGUAACAAAAUGUUCUAUCUAUUGGUGGACUAUUUCAAAGAGCAAAAUGUUUGUUUACUUAUGUGAUUUCUAUGUGAUAUAUAUGUACUAAAAUGUUCUAUCGAUGUCAAACUAUGAACGUAUUAGUAAAUUGUGAAUUGUAUAGAAUAUUGCAUUGUAAGUUUAUCUCUCUUAUAUAAUAUAACAACUCAAAAUUUGCUAAAUUGAUGGUAAACAAUCCUCAGUCUAUGUCUAUUGUCAUGGAAAUAUUGAACAUCGUUUUUUUUAAGAUGAUUACACUUUACACAGGUUUUUAAUCUAAUUAGCAGACGCGUGUUUAUAUAUAUGCCAUACAUUACCUUUACGAAUUUCAGCACGAAAGGCUGAUGAAAAAGAAAUAAUUGUCUGGCAUUGUAUUUAAUGUGCAGUACAUAGAGAUGGUAUGACGGCAUUGUAUUUAAUGUGCAGUACAUAUAGAGAGUGUAUGACGGCAUUGUAUUUAAUGUGCAGUACAUACAUAUAGAGAGGGUAUGACAUGUACACAAUUUGUUGCGAAUUUUCUGUUGAACCGGUGCUAAAACUAAUAUAAAGAGCAUAUCACUAAGUUAAGUUCAAUUAUUUCUACAAUGUAGAAUAGGAACAAUACAGACAGCGUAUGGUAAAACUGUAUACAAUGAUUAGUAAUAAAGCGAAUAAAAAGA